AGCGUUGACCUAACUUCCCCAUUGGAAAGCUCACCUUCGUCAAAGGUGAGGAAAUUGAUGAACAUGGGUAAAGUUUAGGUUCAUCAUUCAAGACCACUUUCAUUGUGAAGUGGGGUUUAGAUGAAGAGAAUAUGCCUACAUUCCCUCCAAUCUUGCUUGAUGAUGAUGAAGAGCACAACCCCUUUCAAGGCUAUGUUGAUUGGGUGGUUGGUAUGCCAAGCCUAAAGGUUGAACCCUCUUCUUCUUUGCUUGUUCAUCCUGCACUAGUAGCAAUUGCACUUGCUAAGACACUAGCUGUGAGCGCCCUCGUAGCACUUGUGCCUAUAGUUCUCAUAAAUGACCUUGGAGAUGCAUAAGGCACGU